GUAUGACCACCGCACAUACUUAAGCCUUUGAUUCUCAACUCCCCACACAUAUUCAUAACAAUAACAACAACAACAACACAACAAAAAUAUAACAUCCGCCAUGAAAAUCAUUAGCUAUACGUUGAUGUUUUCUGUGUUGAUACUGCUGAUUACCAGCAGGGUAGAAGGCAAUAAUAAUGAAGUGGAGGAAGAAGAAAGUUGUAAGGAGACAUAUGGGUUCUUGCCAUGUACAAGUACAGCCUUGGGUAAUUCAUUCUUGAUAGUGGUAUACGGAUACAUGAUGUUUUCAGGUGCUACUUAUUUGUCCAAUGGUUGUGAGCUUUUAUUGGAAAUUUUGGGUCCUGGUGUUAUUGGUGGUUCCCUCCUUCCUGUCAUUGCUUCUCUUCCUGAAGGCAUCAUCAUUCUUGCAACUGGUCUUAAUGGGAGUAUUGCAACUGCACAAGAGCAUUUAUCAAUUGGUGUGGGAUUACUAGCUGGUUCUGCAGUCAUGACAUUGACUCUAAUAUGGGGUACUUGUGUUCUAAUCGGAAAGUGUGAUCUUGAUUGUUAUCGCGCUCGUGAUGAAACUGACACUAAAGGAUUUAAUUUAGUAGAUUCUGGUGUUGCUACUGACAUAUGGACCAGUUAUGCUGCUAGGAUUAUGACUCUUUCUAUCAUACCUCUUUUUAUUGUUCAAUUGCAAAAGCAUCUCCAUUCAAGCUCAGGGAGAAAUUUGGCUGUUUUGAUUGCCCUCAUUAUGUCUAUUCUUAUGCUCAUAAGCUAUUGUCUUUAUCAGAUUUUCCAACCAUGGGUUCAAGCGAGAAGACUAGAUUAUGUGAAACAUAAGCGGGUCAUGACAGGAUUUCUUAAACAUUUGAAACAACAUGCUCUUGGACGACUUUGCAAUCAUGACGGUAGCCCUAACAUGGAUGUUCUAGCAAAGGUUUACGAAGCAAUUGAUCAGGAUGGUGAUGGUGCUCUUUCAGAAGGGGAGCUAAAAGCAUUUGUAAUAGGGAUGCAUUUAGAAGGGAUGAGUGUGGGGACAGAUGAUAUAGUUCAUAAAGUACUUCAAGAGUUUGAUACAGAACGACGUGAUGGAAAAAUAGAUUUUGAUGAGUUCAAAAAUGGAAUUUCAAAGCUACUUUCUGGUUUUGUCAAACGUGACCGUGCUCCGCAUGAAUCUACUGACAAUAUUAAAUACAUAGAUGCAGUUGAUGAGGAAGCAGAAAAGGAGCAUUUCUUAUUGGGUGAUUUUUGGGAAGAAGGAGAAAAAAUAGAGAACACAAAACUAACAACAAUAAAAGCAAUAUUACUUCUGGUAGCAGGUGCAAUAAUAACAGCAGCCAUUGCACAUCCAUUAAUAGAUGUUGUAGAAAAUUUCUCAGAUGCAACAACCAUUCCAUCCUUCUUCAUCUCCUUCCUUGUGUUGCCUCUUAUUAUUAACUCUGGUGGAGCUUUUCAGGUCAUUUAUUUUGCUUCCAAAAAGAAGAGAAGAUCUGCUUCUCUUGCUUUCUGCGAGCUAUAUGCAGAAGUGACAAAGAACAACCUGGUUAGUUUAUCAACGUUUUUGGCAUUAGUUUAUGUAAGAGGAUUAACAUGGGAUUUCUCAUCAGAAGUGCUAAUCAUAUUCUUGGUAUGCUUCAUAAUGGGUAAUCUUGCCAGUUUCCGUACAAUUUUCCCACUAUGGACUGCGAUUUUGGCUUAUGCCCUCUAUCCAUUUUCACUUGUCAUAGUUUAUGUGCUAAAUAACUUUUUGGGUUGGCAAUAGAUUUCUACUUAAUUUUCUGCCUUUACUCAUCCAUAUUUUGUAAUAUCAACAUAUUCCUCCAUUUAAUGUUUAAAUAAUUCCAUUGCAGUAGCUAGAAAUUUAAGCUUGUUGCUUGUAUUGAUUUUGUUUUAAAUUAAUCUGAAUAUCUCGUUUGCUAAAACUUAUUAA